AUGGCCUGCUUGUUCGAAGGCCACUUUUCCGGCUUGAAGUUUCCUCACAAUGCUGAGCAACUCAAGUCUUUUGGGCCUUCAUGGUACACCCAGGCGUUCCACAAGUUCGGAACUCUUCCAUCGGACAACAGCGUGGUGAAGGUUGUGCAUGUUGAGCAACUUCCACAUUCUGGCUUUGAUGCCGCCGGCGGGGCGGGCCACAAGGCCUUCAUUGAGCUUCAGUAUGCAAAGCCAGAUCCAAACCUGCACACGAAGCUCUUUGCCAAGUACCCUUGGGAUUUUUUCGAAUCAGAGACGGGGAAGCGGUACCGAAUGCAAAUAUCCACGUACCAAGACAUGGAUUCCCUGGAGCUUUUGACCAACAUCUCCUGCGAGCACCUGUUUCCUUUCAGGAUACCAAAGCUGUACUUUGCUGACAUCAAUCGAGACACCACAAACUACGUCCUCAUUGUGGAACGCAUUCCCUUUGGAAGACGUGGGAAGGUGGUGAACGGGAAGGUGACAGAGAAGAUUGAAAGGAAGCCGUUCGAGAUUCUGCCAGUGUGCGGCAAGUACCAGGAUUACUUGCUGGAGGAUGCUCCCAGCAUCUACUACGCUUUGUUCCGCGAGAUGGCGCACUUGGCAGCCUGGGAUCAUCAAGGUCGCUAUGAUUCCGUUUUGGGCCCCAUGACCAGGUAUUCCGAGGAGGACUUCCUGAACACUCAAGUUCGAGUGCGAAAGCCGCAGAAACAAAAGAAGCUGGAUGUGUUCAAGGGUGGCUGUAAGUCAAUGAUCGAGAAGGGAGUCGACUUCGCGUUGAACGUGGGCUCUCAGAUCUUCACGCCAGCAGGUCGUGACAAGAAGAAAUUAGAGAAGCUGAUGAAGGAGAUCACGGAAAUUGCCCCUCAUUUUGACGAUAUCAGGCUCUAUGUGGCCAACUCGAGUGAUUGGGUGGCGGCAAUGCAUAUGAAUCUCCAAGCAGACAACGCUUACUUCUGGCACGAUGAGAACGGUGACCUGGAUGUCGGAGUCUUUGAUUGGUGCGGCUUUAGCCGUACUGCUUUUGUGGGGAACUUCAUGGGAUGUCUCAGUGGUGCUGAUGCGGACUUACUCGAUGCUCACGAAGAGGGCCUGAUGAGAAUGUUCUGUGACGAAUACGAGCGAUACGGUGGUCCGCGCAUUGAUCCGGCUGAGCUGCUCUUGAAAUACCACCUGCAGUGGCCCUCUUUCACAAUGGAUGCAUGCCAGUGGGUCGAGCGAGAUAUCUACGUGCAAUGCCCGAAGGAGGAGUGGAGCACAAUCAAAACAAUUUACGAUGACAAGUUCGUCGAUCGAUGGAACGUUCGAUGUCGUGGAACUACGUUAGUGAAUGCUUUCGAGUUCUACAGCAGAAGAGAUUUUAAGAAGAUCUUUGAUGACUGGAUCUCGGGACCGGGCAAAGCGUACCGGUUGCACCUAUUGGAUGCUGGCUUGGCCACUCAGUGCGGCGCCGGCGGCCGCAGUGUUGCCAUGGACCUGCCAGAGAAGGAAUACCAGGAGAAGCUCCUCAAGGUCACUCUCCGAGUGCAGCGUCACUGGCGCGUGGUCACUGCGCGGAAAGUUUUUGCAGACCAGGCUGCGGCUUCCUACACCGGCAGCACCGCCAACAAGCAAAGCUUCUUGCUGCAUUGGCAGGCCAAGUACCUCAUCGCAAACAAUCUUCCAACCAAUGAUGCUCAUUGGGAUUCCGACGAUCCAUCGUGGGUUGGAAAGGCGUCCAUGUCAAAGCGACAUCGAUUUCUGAUACGGCGGAAUCUGCACUGGCGGUGGUUUAACGCACUUGUUUUUGGCAUGCUGGAUGAUCAAGAGCGAGUUUUUCCAGCUGGAAAGUGUUGUCCUGACACCGUGUCGGAGAUCAAAAUGAUGAAGGAGGCGGCUUUGACUUGGGUUGAGGGGGCCCGCGAGAGCGAAGGCUGGUCUCACAACAUCGGCUUGUUUUUUCAUGUGUACGGCCACAACAGUGUUAAUUCCUUGCACCUGCACGUGGUGGAUUUGGACUUUACUGGCCCCAGCUUUGAGAGCCAGAAGUUCAAGAACUUGCCAAUCGAUGCAGUGCUGCAGGUACUGGAACAGGAAGCGGCGGCCACGCCAGAGGGCUGUGAGAGAAGCUUGCUAAGCUCACUUCCUGCGAUUGAAGACACAAUCGACUUGAAGCAAGAGACCGUAAAAGCGACUCCUAUCCUGAAUACCGCAGAUUUAUACCGAAAAGCUCGACUGAAAUUUCUUGAGCUUGGUGGCGUGCGAGCUUUAAGAGACCAGUUGACGAGACAGGGAUUCCUGAAGGCACACAGUCCGAAGCUGACUACAAACAACAAGCCGUUCAACGUGUUUGCUCGCUUGGCAUACCAAGACACUGUUGGUCGAUGUCUCUACACUUCCGAUACCAGUCUGAACAAGAUUGCCAAUAGCCGGCGUGCCAGCCAGCGCGGUGAUCUUUCCCCCUGA